GCCAUUUCCCACAAUCCAGGCUGUUCACUCUCUACAAACCCUAGCAACACUUGAGCUAGGUUAAAUCUUUCUCACUCGCCUCAUGUCCUUUUUGAUGAAGUUGCGACCAGAAUAUGAGAGUAUAAGGGCUUCCUUGCUUCACCGCAACAUCUCCUCUAUGGAAGAGACCAUUGGGAAACUUUUUCGUAAAGAAACUAGGUCGAGGAGUCAAGCUCAGCUGGAUGUUCACUCGUCCGAUCCUGGUAAUGCUUUUGCUAUUCAAGGGAAUCGACCUUAAUUAGUUUCAGCGCACACCUAAUGGAGUAGUCAUAUGUCAUUUCUGCAACGAGCCCGGUCAUAUCCAGCUUCACUGCAAGAGGAAGAAUGCUUGUAACUAUUGCAAGGAAUCUGGUCAUUUGAUUGCUGAUUGUCCGAUUUUAUCUCGUCGUGGUCACAAUCUUGGUUCAAGAGGACGAUCGAGUGGUGCUCGCUCUAACACUGAUCCCUUCUCAAUGCUAGCUUUUGCUACUGAACAGGUGGCGCCUUCACCGACUCCUUUCAUGUCCCCGGCCGAAAUUCGUCAAUUUGUUCAAGAUGCUAUUAAGGAUGUUCUUCCUAUCGCAUUAACCUCGGUAUUCUCUACGGGUAUGCAUUCUGGUUCCUCCUCUUUUUGGCAUAUUGAUUAUGUAGCUUUUAAUCAUAUGACAAGCUCACGUCAGUUAUUUCAAGAUAUUUGUCCGAGUCCUAGUGUAGCAUUACAGGUGGCGGAUGGCUCACGCCUUUCUCGUAAUGGGAUUGGGACGGUGUGUGAUAAGGGGCUGCUUCUCAAGGACACUCUCUAUGUUCCCGAAUUGGUUCCUAAUCUUAUUUAUGUGGGACAACUGCCCGAUAAUGGAUGUCGUAUUACAUUUGAUGCCUCCGGUUGUGUUGUGCAGGACACGACAACGGGGAAGGCGAUAGGAAGAGGGACUAAAUGGGGCCGGGUGUUUGAGCUCACUACCUUCUCACGUGGCAUUGAAGGGGGCAGAGCUCGUGUGCAUGGGGUGCAUGGCGGCGUGGUGAACAAGGGAGGUGGUCAUUUGGCGGCUGCUGUCAUGGACCAAGAUGUUACAUGUAGAGGUGGCAAUUAUGAUCCAAAUCCAUGAAUCCAACUCAAUCCAUCCACCAAAUUAUCCACUUAAUCCAAUCCAUUUAAAUCCAAUCCAUUUGAUCCAGAUCCAAUUGGAUUGGUGGAUUCAUGGAUGAAUCCAUAGAUCCGAAUGGCAAAUUAUGAUUUGGUACCUAUAUUUUGUUAUAUUUUACAUUUUAGUACCUAAAAUUUAUAUUUUUAUACGAAAAAUAUCGUUGGAAAAUUACAUUUUGGUACCUAAAAAUUUUCAUAAUGACAUUUUAGUACCAAAACUUUUCAAAUUUUACAUUUUGGUCCAAGCUUUGGAUGUCAUUUGGAUUCAUGGAUCAAUCCACCAAUCCAUUUGAUCCAAUCCAUUAAUCCACUAAUCCAUUGGAUUGUUCUCUUAGUCUUCGUACAACUCCCACUUCCAUGACUUGUACUUCUACUUCUCAUGGUUUGACUUAUUCUGUUGGUUUAUCGGAUUGGGAACUUUGGCAUCGAUGUUUAGGCCACCCACACUCUUCUCGACUUUCGGAUAUGUUUAAGAAUAAAUGGCUCUCUAGUCA